UAAGUCUGCAGGGUUAGAACUUCAUCCACAGUAGUAAGAGGGUUAUAGAAGAGUGUUAAAGUGGAGAGGGGAGCUCAAUCCGGGUGACAAUAAAUCCAUACAGAUACAGAAAACUAUAUAGAGAACAUUCGGCUGAAAAUCUGCUGCUGUUAAGACUCGAAUACAAGUGCAAAUUACUUGGUGGAAAAUGGGUCGGAAAUUUUUUGUGGGAGGAAACUGGAAGAUGAACGGGAGCAAGGAUGAAAUUAAGAAGAUUGUGGACACUCUCAAUGCUGCUUCCCUCAAUGACAAUACGGACAUCGUCGUGUCACCACCUGCCUGUUACUUGGAGUACACCAAGGGGCUUGCAUCCCAAAAGAUCCACACGGCCGGACAAAAUUCUUACAAAGUAGCGAAAGGUGCUUUCACGGGAGACUUGUCCCCACAGAUGCUUCUUGAUUGUGGAGCAGAUUGGGUAAUUUUGGGUCACUCUGAGCGAAGAAAUGUGUUUGGGGAAGAUGACCAGCUCAUUGCGGAGAAAGUAAGCUACGCGUUGGAAUGUGGUAUGAGUGUGAUUGCCUGCAUUGGAGAAAAGCUGGAGGAGCGAGAAGCAGGAAAAACAGAGGAAGUGGUGUUCAAGCAAAUAGAAGCAAUUGCUGCUAAAGUUACAAACUGGGAUAAAGUUGUGGUUGCAUAUGAACCUGUUUGGGCUAUUGGUACAGGAAAAACUGCAACGCCUCAACAGGCACAAGAAGUCCAUGCCCAAUUAAGGAAAUGGCUGAAGGAGAAAGUUUCUGAGGCCGUUGCUAAUUCCACUAGAAUUGUUUAUGGAGGUUCAGUCACCGGAGGAAACUGCCGAGAACUUGCCCAAUCACCAGAUAUCGAUGGUUUCCUUGUCGGUGGUGCGUCUCUGAAGCCUGAGUUUAUUGAAAUUAUCAAUGCUAAAGCCUAACUAAAUGUUUAACUGAUUUAAAAUGUGUAUUGCUUUGUGUUGACAUUAUUAGAAGAAAUGUAGGAUUAUGAUACUUAUUUGUGUAGAUGGUUGAAAAAUAUAUUUAGAAAAUUGUAAACUGCAGAAAUACUAUGCUAUUGAUAUUGAUGGUGAUGUUGGAAAUAUAUCGUACAGAGCUCCUAAGAUUGAAAUUGUCCUUCGUGAAAAAUAAAUUUAGCAAAAUAUAAA